CCCAAAUCCCCAAUCCAGCAGCCAAAACCUCGACGCGCUCUGCUCCACUCCCCGCCACGACGCCGCCCGCGCCGGUCGGCUGCCGCCCGAGCUCCGGCCCUUCUGCCCCGCCACCGCCACGCUUCCCCGACACCACUUCCUGCCACGCGUCGGCUGCCAGACGUCUCCCGGACGCGCCCAGCGAGCCUCUCUGUCCCGGCCACGCUGGGGAUGGACGACUUGGCGUGGCGAUGGACGGCGUGGUCGACGCCACCGAGCUCUGGGCGCUCGACGCCUGCAAGGCCCUCCCGCGCGUCCAGCUGGCGUACCCCAUCAUGAGCAUGGACGAACCCCACGUCGUCUUCUUCAUCCUGUGCGAGAGCUUCUACGAAAGGAAACAUGGCGACACGACGGAGUGGCUCAUCUUGGUCGACACGCGGAGCAAGACGAUACGAUCGGUGCGCCGCUACGACCAAGGGCGUGGCUACUUUCGUGGAAGGAUCUUCCUUCCCAGUGGCCUGUCUGACUACUUCAAUUCUUCCCCAAGGUGUAGCGAUGGUGCUGCAUCAUCAGUGAGCAAGAGCAGAAGCACCAUGUUCAUCGUCAAUGAGGAGGAGGAGCUCAGAGACGAUGGCGGCAGAGAUUUGGAAGCAGCAGCAGCUUCUCCAGAGGAGACGACGAUCUUGGCUGUGCUCGGAGAGAUACCUGGCUUGGCUCGUGAGGACAUGCUGAAGGCGUACAGCAUUCUUAGUCACGACAGCAAUGGCCGCCGGUUCAGGUCACUUUUGGGGCUGCCAGUGAAUCUGAGGAAGGAAUGGCUGCUGAUGGAGAUCAAGACCAGUGAAGCCUGCUCUGUUUGCUCUGCGUGCACGGCAAACUUGCAACACGGCUGACGAAACUUUCAGUUAUAUGGUGUCUUGAUCAUCAGUUCUUCGAAACACUGACAACUAAUCAAAUUCAGUUGUAAGAUGCCAUCCACAAUCGAUUGAUUAGACAUUGGUUAGGGACUGAUACUAUUGAGCCUUAUAGGAUUCGUAAAAGUCGCUCCGGCGAGUGGAUCGAUCGCCAAGCAGCCGCUGGUCAGCCACGGCGACGGUGAAGUCAGGGAGCUGCCGCCAUCCUCGUGGAGCACCGACACCAUCUUCCCCGUCGACGACCAGCUGUUGAUGUGCUGGGUGCCUGGGUCGACUUGUGCCGCGGCGUCGUGCUCCGCGACGUGUUCGAAGACAGCGGCAGCCAGGGACUACCUGCAGAGCCCCUUUUCGCCCGGGAAUUGUACAGGAACAUGUUUUUCUGCCGAUUCAGAUCUUUUUUAGGAAAUAUCUGUUAUUUUUCCUGCCGAUUUCUGUUCGGGGACAGCAGUUUCCGUCUCCAAAAACGGAGGACACCUCUCGAUCUCCAUGCGUAACAAAUUACAAAUCAAUCUGAUGAUCUGAUCAACGAACAAGCAAGGGCAAAAACCAAGCCGACGUCUUAGCCGCCACCGCAGCCAUGGAUGCCCAGGCGACCCAACCACCCUCCGGCUCGUCCGCCUACCCACGGUGGGUGAUGCUGAAGCACUACGGCAACCGCGAGGACGAGAGCUCCUGCUCCAGCGCCGACGCCAAGACGCUGGCGGCCGCCCGGACCUCCACCGGCCUCCUCAUCCGCGUCGCCUUCAGCCUCCCGCCGCCGCCGGCGAUGUCGCGCCUCCUUUUCCACCUCCCCGACGCCGAGAAGGUCCAUGCGGAGGUCGUGGCAGCCCACGGAGACUCCGUGCUCAUAGACGUCCACUUCAGCAAACAACAGCGGCGGCGAGACGACAACGCGCAGAACUACUUCGUCUAUAAUGCGGGAGCCGCCGCCGCCGAGCCCCCACGGCCGCCGUCGCUGUCGCAACUACGGAGACUCCACGCAGGUACUCAAAUCUCAACUACGGUUAAGUGCAAGGCAGCAAAGGCGGUUGCAAAAUCUAACAUUCAUGUAGUGAGAUCAACCACUUGGUACCAUCGAGCAGAUGAAGCUUGGUGGCGAUACAAACCUAUGACAAGGAGGGUCAUAGGAGAAGGAUUAGAAUCAAGGCCGAGAUUAUUGUAUGGUGACUCAAAUUUUACUUGGAUUGGGACUCAAUAGGGGUAUAUGCUAUUAGGACUUCUUGUUCUUUUUCUCGAAU